AGACCAAAAACUCCUAGUUAAGAGAUUCCGACUACCUUCAAGUUAUGAAUUGAGACAAUCUUGUUCUCUAUUUGUUAGGGUGAUUAAAUAUCGAUAAAGAUUACCUUAUAUUUUUGAUUCGUGUUUUCCAAAGAUUUUUUGAACUAAUUCGCUUAUUUUUCCUAAAACAGGGGUGGUGUUUCAGUGGUGGUAAGAGGAUAAUAUUUCUUGAGAAUGUCUGCCUACAUUUCUGAGGAGAAGUUGUUCUUCAACAAGAAAGAUUCUGUCAACGUAAAUUUGAAACCUUUCGGAUCCAAAAUCUCAGAUGUCAGCGAAAUUGAAGAAUUUGAUCAAGAGACUUUGAUUGUGGCAAGUCAAGAAGUUAAGGAUGAUUCCAAAGUGGCACCGAGGGAUGUAGUAGCUACAUCAACAAAUGUCUCUAAGAAGGCUUUAACCAUGGGAGAUAUUUUAUCAAUGGAGGAUUCCCAAAUACCACCCAACAAAAACAACACUCAUGGACCUGAAGAAAACAUAGUCCAUCAUGACACACAACUGGAGAUAACAGAGGAACCGGAGAUAACAGAGGAACCAGAAGCAGACAACUUUUGUGAUGAGAAUCUCUUGUCAAGGAAUCUCCCAAAUGGUUUCAGGGAAAUAAGUUAUUGUGAGGCUGAGUCGAGUUUAGCUUAUAUAACUUACUGUGGACCAAUCUCAGGCUCCGGAAACCUCUCCCUUCGUUCUGAUGGAACCAGCGAAAGCUCUUUCGCUUUCCCAAUGCCGCAAUCGGAGUGGAACAUCAGUCCUGUAAGAAUGGGUAAAGCUGAGGGGACACAACUUCGAGUGGUGAAAGCUGAGGAGACUCAACUCCAAAAGGAGAAAGCUGAGGAGACACAACUCCGAAAGGAGAAAGCUGAGGAGAGACAACUUCGAAAGGAGAAAGCUGAGAAGAAAAAACUUCGAAAGAAGAAGAAAGGAUGGAGACAUUACUCUUCUCUUCUCUGUUGUAGAUUCUGAUGGAUUAUAUCAGAAGAUAUUUUACCUUUAUAGGCUUUGUAUUCUAUUCACAAAGACCGUUCGAAUAAAAACAGAAAAAGUGGUUUUUCUGUAAUGUAUUAUUUCGUAGGCCUCAAAUACUUUAUCGUGGAUUUUGCGAGUUAGGUUUGUUUUUCUUUUCAGUUUAACGUAGUUGCUUCAACCACAAGGAAACACUAAAGACACUUUGUGCAG